AUGGACUCCUUUGCUGAUAUCUCAAAGAAAUCAUUCCACACUCGCUCAAACAGCUUGCCCUUGAGGCCACAUCCAGUCGUCGACGACGUCGAUGAACAUCUCUGCAGAUUGAAGGCCUCUGCAGCCACUUCUACAUCAUCUUCUUUGAGCCAAAAACUUGGAAAAGUUCAGGAUUUGCAUGAUUCCAUUGAUAAUUUACUUCUUUUGCCACUCACCCAUCAAGCUCUUGUUGACAACGAAUCGGUCGACGACUUGUUGGAAGGAUCACUCGAGCUCGUGGACUUGUGUGCUAUGGCAAAGGAUGUAUUAUCACAAAUGAAAGAAUGCACACAUGAACUCCAAUUUGUUUUACGUAGAAGAAGAGGAGAUGACAUAACAAAUGAUGUUCAAAAGUAUUUGAACUCAAGAAAGAUUAUGAAGAAAACAAUCCACAAGGCUUUGAAAGGAAUGGAAAAAUCAAGUUCCAAGAAAAGUGAUGAAAGUUCAGACAUUGUUACCUUGUUAAAACAGGCAGAAGCAAUCACAUAUAGCACCAUUGAAUCCUUAUUGUUCUUUAUGGCUGGACCGAAGUCGGUAUCAAAGGCGAGCCGAUGGUCUAUGGUUUCCAAGCUGAUGCAACCCAAGAGAGUAGCCUGCAAAGAGGAAGGCUCAAAUACAAACUUAGUAGAGAUGGUGGAUGCUACAUUAUCUUCGAUCAAAAGUCAAAAAUCUAAUGUCCUACAAGUUGAAGAUGUGCAGAACUUGGUGAGGGAACUGGAUUCGAGCGUCGAUGAACUUGAAGAUGAUCUCGAGCGUCUAUAUCGACGUCUUAUCAAGAAUAGAGUAUCGUUUCUCAACAUCCUAAAUCACUAA